GUGUGAUAACAGGGUGGAUUUCAGCCCUAGAUCCACGUCCUACUCGUGCAAAUGCUGCACCUCCAAGAGUGUACCUCUUCAGAUGCAUCAUCAACAAUACCACCGGGAGGCAGUUGAGGGUCUUAUUCUGGGAGGAUAUGGCAAGGACCUAUGAAAACCAAUUGUGUGGCCAGAUAGUUACUAUCACUCGUGCUCGCAUUGUUCGUUCGGACCCUCGCUAUCCUUCUCCUUUGAAUUUGAUGAAGAUCGAAAUAUCUGUACAACGCAACUCAACAGUGACACUUCACGGGCCCUAUGUACAUCCAGAUAACGCUCUUAUCCCUAACAUUCCUGAGAUUCUUCUGGCCAAUGUUGGCCAGUACAGUGGAGAAGGUGUCAUCCGCAUUGUAGGAUUCAUAGAGACUGCCCUAGAGCAACAAAUUUUUGGUAAUGCUGCCUAUGGAUCUGGCGCAAUUACUGAUGGGCAUUACCGUCUGGUAAUAAAUAUCGGUGUGUUCAAUCUGCACAAUGUCCCAGGGCUCGGUUCACAUAUAGUCGUGCAGGGCACACUGCGGCGUAACGCAUACCAAACCCUGUUACUCCAAGUUCCAGAUAUGUCCAACAUUUAAAUAGUCGGCG